UUGUUUUGCCAGGGAAGUCUAAGUAGCGUUACUGAAGCCGCACAUGUCCUUCAUGAGCACUUUUAAAGAUGGUCAGGUGUUUGAAUAAUUGUUUUUUUUUCCAGCGAGGACGAUGUGUUGAAGCUUAAUUGUCUUCAGUUUUGGGACCGCCGCGAUGUUUGGAGUGAAGUGUUCUCGCUCAGUGUUCGUGGAUCCUGUAGUUGGACAACUGUUUCAGAGGGUGAGGGGAGAAUAUAGAAGUGUCUUCGUGGGCGAUUGUUUAUCCUCAUAUGCGGGAAGAGUGAUUGUCACCGAUCGGGUCGGACGCUUCUGCACCUCGGCGAAUCUUGGAGCCAAAGCCCGAGGAUCCCGCAAAGAGCAACUGUCAGAGAAGAAAUUGACCCGACACUUUGUGGAUCACCGGCGGGUGACGCUUGUGGCUGGAUCCGGAGGGAAGGGCGCCAGCUGCUUCCACAGUGAGCCCCGGAAAGAAUGGGGGGGACCUGAUGGAGGCAACGGUGGAGAUGGAGGGAGUGUCAUCAUCAAAGCGUGCCGAGUUGUCAAGUCGUUGGCUCAGAUAGUCCCUAUGUAUAAAGGAGAAGAUGGGGAGCCGGGUCGGAGCAAGAACUGCUACGGGAAGAACGGCAGCCCAACCUACAUUAGUGUCCCUGUCGGUACAGUGGUGAAGGAGGAGGGCAAGACUGUUGUGGACCUUUCGCAACACGGCCAGGAGUAUGUCGCUGUGUUUGGGGGUGCUGGGGGGAAAGGCAACAGAUUCUUUUUGUCCAACGAGAACCGCGCUCCUGUGAUGUCGACUCCUGGGGAAGCAGGGGAAGAGAGAGUCCUUCAGCUGGAGCUGCGUACCAUGGCACAUGCAGGCCUGGUUGGAUUUCCAAAUGCAGGGAAGUCGUCGCUGCUGCGAGCGAUCUCCAAUGCCAGGCCGGCGGUGGCUGCUUACCCUUUCACGACACUCAAUCCUCACGUCGGCAUCGUGCAGUACCGGGAUCACGAGCAGGUCGCAGUUGCCGACAUCCCCGGCAUCAUCCAAGGAGCUCAUCUGAAUCGCGGCCUGGGAAUGGCAUUUCUGCGUCACAUCGAACGUUGCCGUUUCCUCCUUUUUGUCCUGGACCUGUCGGCUCCAGAACCAUGGACUCAUUUGGACCAACUCCGCUUCGAGCUGGACCAGUAUGAGCCUGGACUGUCUCAAAGGCCUCAAGCAAUCGUCGCCAAUAAGAUGGACCUCCCAGAGGCAAGGGACAAUUUAGUGAGUCUGAAGAGCAGGGUCACCCACAAGGUCAUACCCGUGUCUGCACUCACGGGUCAGAACACAGAGGAGCUCAUCCUGCACCUCAGACAGCUGUACGAUGGCUAUGUGCAGGGAGAGGGGGGCAGAGGGAGACACCCGAUCGUGAGGUGGUAAUAAACGCAGGUGAUGGAAAUAGAUGCUAUGUCUGCAAUUUAUGUAAACUCAAUUUACUGUAACUGUUUUAACUUUUUCAAUUAGAUCACAUAUGAAUUCGGUGUCAUGCUUUGUAUGACUUGCGUCGAAUAAAUUUUUUCCCGCUUUUCUGCAGUGACCUUUACUAGCCAUACGAUGGCAGCAGAGAGCCAUGUAGUAACUUGGAUGACGCUUUGUAUUUAAUGUGUGAAAUUGCUGCGUUCAUGACGUGUCAAUUCAGAUUGCUAUUGUGACACAGAGGUUGUUGUUGAUGUCCCACUGUUGCCUUCAUUUUUGUAACCCUCCAAUUGUCGACAAAGGGCCGUAAUUGUGUGUUAUUUUCCUUGAAAAAUACUCAGUCUGCCCUUCACUGUCCCCGGUACAAAUAAAC